AUGAGCUUUAUAAUUCUUCAUCUGAUUGAAACUCUAUUCCUUGUACACACCAUCUUUGUUCCUUUAUCUUUCAGCAAGGUUGAUCAAGAAAUCGUUAACAUUAUCCAGGAAAGGCUAAAGGCCUGUCAGCAGAGGGAAGGUGAGAGCCACAGGCAGAACUGUGCCAAGGAGCUGGAGCAGUUUACCCAGGUGGCCAAGGCCUACCAGGACCGCUAUCACGACCUGGGAGCCCAUUAUUCUGCCAGGAAGUGCCUGGCAAAACAGAAGCAGAGAAUGCUAGCAGAGAGAAAAGCUGCUAAAGAAGCUACUGCUGCCUGAGUAGCUUCUUGAGCCCCCAUCACAUGACUGUCACUAUUACUAAAAUAAAAAAUUGUGAAACGUC